AUGGCAUGCCGCCAAUUUUCUGGCCAUUCUCCGACCAUGUUUUCGCCCCAGCAUUCCCGAGUCAUUCUCUUGAACGCGGCCUCGUACUGUGACAUAGCAACGCUGCUGAAUCUCCGCCUCGUGGACCGCAUGACAAAGUCUCUGCUCGAGUCGGACGAGGCGGCCAUCUGUGCUGCCGCGAUCCAGCGAAGCUCCCUCAAUCGCCUCUUGUUCCUCCGUGAUGCGCAGAGAUCGGACCAGACCAGUUUCAAAGGGCUCGCCAAAUUGUACCAUCGCCAGCAAGUGGUUCGGCAGGUAACGGAGUUGCGGUUUGGUCUCGACUGGACGCCUUACAUGAACUAUCCAAUGCUCGUUGAUGAUCCGGGGUCUGCGCCGUUUCGUCAACGUAUCGAAGACGGGUGGUGUUUGUUAUAUCACUUCGCAGACAUCGCUGCCGAGAUUGACGAAGUGGCCACCAGAGACGGACCCGAUCAUCAAGCGAAGUCGUGGAUUUUGCGACUUUCCUGCGUGCGGACCCGACGACAGGUGGCUGCAACGAAGGCGCGCGAGCGCCAGGUGCUGUCUGCUCGCAUCGAGUUUGUCAAGUCGUUGUCGGAUUAUGAGCUGAGGAGCUUUUACCUGCUGUGGAGCUCAAUAACCACCUCGCCUCACUUCAGAAUAAUGGGUUCAGAGUGGUGUGAUACACACAUUUUUAAAAAUAACGUGUUCAAUGGCGAAUCCUGGCUCAGUUGGUAUAUCCUAAGGCAUGGACCUGAGUGGUUCCUCCGGCUCUGGGAGCGCCAUCCGUCUGACAGUGAUUACUCAUACUUUGAAUAUCACUGUUUGAAGUCGGAGAAUGAGAGCCGGAGGGUGCAGAGGGAGUGGGAAGCGCGUCUACGAAAGAUUUCCCGUAUCGAGCAAAAGGCGGCACGUGCGAUCUGUGUGGAAAUCAAUCGGCGUUAUUUUGUCACUUACAGAACCAUUGGGGGUAUAGAUGACGAUAUCAGUCAGUAUGAACGGUACUGGAUGGAAAAUCAUACCAAGGGCCCUCCAUGUUCUGGCUGA